AUGGAGAAGUUCGGCGCGCUCGAUGACGUCAUCGUACUCAAGGAUCGGAGCACCGGGCGGUCUCGAGGGUUUGGCUACGUCACGUUCAGCCUCCUCGCAGACGCGCAGAGCGUGGCGCAGAUGAAGCACACCCUGGGAGGCCGGCAGCUGGAAGUCAAGACGGCCACGCCCAAGGAGGAGAUGUCCAAGGGCCCCAAGGUGUCGUCCACACGCAUAUUCGUCGCGCGCGUGCCCACCACCGUCACAGAGGACAGAUUUAAGAGGUACUUCGGAGCGUUUGGCAAUGUGACUGACUGCUACAUGCCCAAGGGCCACGGGUCCAACCCGCAUCGUAACAUCGGCUUUGUGACCUUUGAUGACGCAGCAUCGGUGGACAAGGUGUUGGAAGAGCCGCGGGAGUUGGAUGGAGCCACGCUCGCCAUCGACAGAGCCACGCCUAAGGACGAGGGGCCAAGGGGCGGAGGUGGAGGGGGCUACCGCGGGUCCCCAGCACGCCCGUUCCGCGCGUACCCCCCAGGGGCCAUGGCGCUGCCCAUGUCGCCCUUCGACUUCAUGCCCCCCAUGGCGGCCUUCGCCUCCGCCUACCCCGCCUACCCCCCCGCCAUGCUCUAUGGCGCGCCCAGGGAGCCCGCCUAUACUGCUGCGCCUCCUCCUCCGCAGGGGCAUGGGGGGGCGGGCGGGCAGGGGUAUGGGGGGGGAGGCGGGGGCAGGGCGGUGCACCCGACCAAGAUAUUUGUGGGGAAGCUGCCGCAUGACGCCACUGUGGGGGACAUUCGCGAGUACUUCGGGCGGUUUGGACCAGUGGAGGACGUCUACCUUCCCAAGGACUCGGCCAAGGGAGGGCACAGGGGGUUCUGCUUCGUGACGUUCCUGGAGGAGGAGGUGGCAGCCUUCGUUGCCAAGAGGCAGCAUGAGAUCUGUGGCCGCACCGUCAGUGCCUCCUCUUCCCCUCUCCCUUCUCUCCCCUCUCCUCUCUCCCCUCCCUCCCCCCUUCGUCCCUCCCCUUCCCCUCUCCCCCGCCCAUCCCCUCGCAUUUCUCUUCCUCCGUCGCCGUUCCUGGUGGCGGUGGAGAGGGCAACGCCACAGGAAGGCGCUCCCCCCCCAGCCCCCUCCUCCGCCGCGUACCUGCCCUCCGCAUAUGCCCCUGCCCCCUCCGACCCCUCCCUGGGUCCCUCCUCAGGGCCCAGGAGCCCGGGGGCAGCAGCGGCGGCGGCAGCAGCGCAGGGCUAUUACAUGGCGGCAGCGCAGCAGGCGUAUGGGCAGGCGCCUGCUCCUGGGGCUGAGUACGGGCAAGCUGCGGUGAGUGCUUGCUUUGCUGUUGCCGUGCUGGUUGUCGUCUUGUGUGUGUGUGUGUCUGGGUGA